GGAUGAAGGAGAUGGAUGGUCGAUCAACAGAUCGACGAUCCGUGACGCUAGCCGCAAAUGGCUACUCCCAACUCCGUUAGCGUCCCGUUCUACGCGUUGUUGCCGGUAAUACUACACGCAGCACGCGCUCUAAUAAUCUACUUACUCCUACUGCUGCUGCCCCUGCUGCUCACAAACAGCCUACAUCAGCUUCUUCUUACAUGCUAUAUACAUUACCUCUCGUGUUACUAUUAUGAAUACCAUUCUCGCAUUCUUAUGACCGCUUCCAGCUCUCAAGGUUGACUCUGGCACUCUACUAGCUCCGGCCGGCCAACGCGUCUUCCCGCGCGUCACCGCCAACCACCAUUAUUCUCAAUUGCUCGCGUUUGCACACACACACCCACCAUUGGUACACUACGAGCUCGCUCAAUUGUUUGAAAGAUUGUUAUUUUCACGGUCAC